CAACGAGCAGCAGGUCACCUCAGCACUGCAGCCGGACGGGAACGGAUAAAAACAACAAAACCAACCAACAAACGGCUGGACUACACGUCGCCUCCUCCGCGUAACACUGCUUUGAUAGAUAUUUGUUAACUUUUACGUCGUUGGUACUGAAACCGCGAGCGGGAUAGCGUGGACUCGUCGGGACGCUGAGCAGGAGCACAAAAAUAACUUUUUGUUUCCUUUUUUAUUUUUUUUCUGCAUUGAGGAAUAAAUAGCUUUUCGUUUUGACACGCGUGCGCAACGGUGGACCGAGUGGCCUACACGCCGUUUUAAGUUCUGGUGUCCUUGUGUCGUGGAGCUGUAGACGGUGAGGCGGACAACGGAGAAGCGGUGGCUCGGCAGCCACCUGACCUCCUGGGAAAGAAAGAGCGCAGCUAAUGCCACGCAGGCUGGGAUCCUGACGUGGCUCAUUACUAAGCUCUCUGACGGAGCGGGGCAAGUUCUCCGCGAGGCUGUUGCAUGUCCAGUCUCGACGCAACCAUUUCAGAAGUGAAGUUUGCAGAAUCCAAUUACUGACAGCCUGUCUAAAUUAUGGUAAGUGCUAAUUAAUGUGUCAACUGUAACAUUGAAUUAGUUGGACUUAAUCGCCCGUCGAAGUUGCCCCUUUCAUUGCUCUAGCCAGCGAAUUGCGAGUAAUAAGCGGAACAUUUGACCGAAACCAGACCGCAUGGAUAUAACCGGAGUGCACCUCCACCAGCGAUCGUGAUGCCAAGCGCCGGUCUAAUCCCGCGCCGCCAGCCUGUAAUGCCUGCACUCUAACCCGCACCAGUGUGGCGCCGUGUCCCGGUCACACCGCCAGGAUGAGCAGCACCGACCUGGAGCGCAUGUCGCUCAGCUCCUCGGCCAACUCGGUGGCCUCCAGCGCACGGACGUUGUCGGCCAACGUGAGGAAGCUGCACAACGCGCUCAACCUCCUGCUCAACGACUUUGAGAGAGAGCAGUUCAUCCACUGCCUCAACGUGUACCACUCCAAACGCAACGUGUACGACCUGGUUCAGACCCUUAACGUCAUCCUCAACGCGCCCAGCAAGCGGCAACUUCUGCCCAUGCUGCGGUUAGUCAUCCCCCGCUCUGACCAGCUUCUCUUCGAGCAGUACACCUCGGAGGGCCUCUACUUAAAAUCGGAUUCAGUUGCAAGCAAUGGCAACGCCGAACCCCCGCCACCGGGCGACUUCCCAAGCGCCAGCCCUACUCCCCCGGGGCAUUUCUCGCCAAACAACCCGCCCGAUUUCCAGGUGGCGUUGCGUGGCUCGCCGGACAGCUUCAGCACCAGCAGCGAGGGGACAGCUCCGCUGGUGCCGCUGCUUGGGAGGAACUUUGUCCACGAGCCGCCGGGCGAGAUACGACAGGUUACCAUGAAGCGACACAAGAGCAACGAGGGUCUGGGCUUCAGCAUCCGCGGCGGCUCGGAGCACGGGGUCGGCAUCUACGUGUCCCUGGUGGAGCCGGGGAGCCUGGCGGAGAAACAGGGUCUCCGAAUCGGUGACCAGAUCAUGAAAGUCAACGACAAAGUCUUCGACAAAGUCACCCAUGCUGAAGCGGUGAAGGUGCUGAAGGGCAGUAAAAAGCUUUGCCUCUCUGUGCGUUCAGUCGGGCGGAUUCCCGGCGGCUACGUCACCAACCAUGUUUACACCUGGGUUGACCCUCAGGGUCGGAGUGUGUCCCCCCCUCCCGACCUGAGUGAGCACCGGAGCGCCACCCUGAGGAGAACCGACAGCCAGCGACGCAGCAACAUGCAGCUACUGCAGGAGGGAGACGAGAAGAAGGUCAAUUUGGUUUUGGAUGACGGCCGGUCUCUGGGUCUGAUGAUCCGGGGGGGAGCAGAAUAUGCUCUGGGUAUUUACAUCACCGGAGUGGACCAGGGCUCAGCAGCAGAAUGUGGAGGACUCAAGGUCGGCAACCAGAUCUUGGAGGUGAACGGCCGCAGCUUUCUGAGCAUCCCGCACGACGAAGCCGUCAGGGUCCUGAAGUCGUCACGCCACCUGAUGAUGACGGUGAAAGACGUGGGCCGCCUGCCGCACGCCAGGACAGUGGUGGGGGAGACCAAGUGGAUCGCCAGCUCGCAGAUCGGAGAGAGCUCCGCCAACAGCAGCAUGGCAGGGUUCCCGGUGGAAAAAGGAGCCUCGGCAGCAGGAAAGCCUGGGUUUUAUAAAGGCGUUGCGGGGUCACAGGUGACCCUGUCCAGCCUGGUGAACCAGUCGCGGGCCAUGCUGGAGGAGCAGGCGCGCCACUUGCUGACUGAGGCGGAGCGGCAGACCAUGGGCUACUACGUGGAGGAGUACCGGAACGGACACAUCGGUGUGGAGCAGCUCGUGGUGGCGCUGUUCGAGCUGCUCAACACGCACGCAAAGUUCUCUCUGCUGUCAGAGGUGCGAGGUCUGGUCACCCCACAGGACCUGGAGCACUUUGACGGGCUGGUGCUGAGACGUGAAAUUCAGGCUCUAAAAGCGCGACAGGGAACAGCUGGAGCCGCGGCGCUCCAACCAGACUCCCUGUCCAUGGUGUCGUACCCAGACACCCUGACCUCGUCUUCAGCCAGCUUCAUGACCAACACCACCCUCAGCUCUGCACGGAACGACAGCGUGGUGGAGAGUAAUGAGGAUCCUCCUCCAGAGAGUCUAAACACGCUGCUGACCGACAUCUCACUGGACGAUGUACUGUCCACCACAGCUGAAUCCCCCCCCUCCUUCAAGCCUCCGCCCCCACCGGGGGUGCACAGGCGCCCAACUAGACGAGAUCAGCUCAACAAAUGCCCCUCUUCCGAAUCCUCCCACUCAGGCUUGUACUUCACAGCCCCGGCCUCUCACAACCACAGCAAAGAGCCAGGACACACCCCCGCCUCGCCCUCACUACACCACAAACAAGAACGUCCCAGGGAACCGUCUCGGGACUACGCGGCCGUCAGAAAGAGAGAACCUUCGGUACCUUCUAAGAACGAACAAAUAACAGCGGCUCACUUGUCCAUGGUCACACAGCACGCCAUCGGCCCUUUCCCCAGGGUCCAGUCCCCCAGCAGAGGCACCAAACCUGCUGCCCCAUCCCCUUCACCUCCACCUCCACCUCCACUCCCUGCUCCUAACCCGCCCCCUUCUCUUCCUCUUAAACUGAUGUCUAUGUCCAAAGCCUCCCCCUCCUCUCCUGGCUCUCAACAGCGGUUUGUUACGGUGGAGGUUCACAGGCCCAACGCAGAGCCCGACUUCAACGAGGUGCGCCCGCUGCCCCAAGCUCGAGGUGGCGCUCUGUCUCAACUGUCAGACAGCGGCCAGACCCUCAGUGAGGACAGCGGGGUGGACAUAGCUGAGUCAGGACACAUCAGCAAAGACAGAAGCCCACAUUCCUCACGCACACGCCACCCCCGAGACACUCAGGGGGGCGGGGGGGACAACCCCUCCAAACCGCCGGGGCUGUUGGAGCCCACCUCUACACUAGUGAGGGUUGCAAAGAGUGCCAGCACUCUGGGUAUUGCCAUUGAAGGUGGAGCCAACACUCGCCAGCCGCUGCCACGAAUUGUCACAAUACAGAGGGGUGGUUCAGCUCAUAACUGCGGCCAGCUGAAGGUGGGACAGGUGAUCCUGGAGGUAAACGGGGUUUCCAUGAGGGGCCGCGAGCACAGGGACGCCGCACGCCUCAUCGCUGAGGCCUUCAAGACCAAAGAGAGGGACCACGUGGACUUCCUGGUCACCGAUUUCAACGUUGCUCUAUAGCUGAGCGGAGUGAGGACAGUGACGAGGGCAGCAACGAGAGAAGAAGAGUUCGAAGACGACAUGAGAAGAGGAAAUUCUAGCGUCUAUUGUUUCAAAUGGCACAACUCUUUUGGAUGGACUUAAACGAACAACCAACUGAUUUCUGAGCCCUUCUAAAAAAAAAAACGAAACCCACCCUUGAGUCUGGAUACAUGAAACUCAAAUUUACUUCUUCAAGGUAUUACUUCCGCCAUGGAAUUUGUUCAGGAUUCUCCUCAACGUGUUACCUUCCCACUGUGAGACAUUAUGCACUAAAAUGGAAUAGUAGUGAAACGUAUACCUUUCCUUUGUCCUCUCCGUGUUAAAACUUGUGGAUUUGAAACCAUUUGAAACCCCGCUGGAACUUCUCGUAGCACUCCCAUGUCUCACGGUCAGUUGAUUUUAUUUAGUUUUUGCUUUUCACUUGAGAGACAACUGCACAUCUAAGACUGAUCCGGGCUCGACUUUACAAGCUUGGAUUUGUAAGUGAAAAAAUGAACAAAUGUAGAUACAGAUGCAUAUAUACUGUACACAUAAAGAUACUCUUAUAUGAAUAAUGAAAACCCCUCACCUCUGUUGCAUCAUCUAGAUAUAGUCAUAUAUUUCAAAGUAGAUGAUGACGAUAUUUCAGGCUGUCCUGGUGAUAAGGGAUUCAACACAUUUUACAGCGAUGCUACCGGCCUGUCUGCGUUUAACUAUCCCAUUUCACAGAAUUGGAUAAAAUCAUCUCAGGCUAACAAAAUGACACUUUACCUGCUCAUAUUUGUUUGAUCAAAAGACGUGUGUGUAUAACGGACGUCUUCAUUUGGGCACCAUUUCCCGUUUCCUUUCCACUUCUCCGUGUGUAUCUGUAUUGGUUGAGACUAUGUCCACACUUAACCAGCUUCUUUUAAAAUGAUGUGAAAACAACAUGUUUUUUUUUUUUUUUUAAUAUUCCCAUCAGUAAACAACACAUUUCUGACAACAUCUGCACUGUAGCCAAGUUUCCUAGUACACACUGAAACACGAGAUGAUCGGAUUUUUUUUGUGGUUGUGUUUUUGUCCAGUUUAGUGUGGAGGUACUCUCAGAGGGGAUCAAAUCCCUCAGCUUUUCCCUCAGAACGCUCUGCUUUUCUCCUGCUACUCUGAAUAACAAUUGAUUUAUAUUUUGUAAUUUCAUAGUUUUAAUUAUUUCCACCUUGGGGGGGCUUGCCGAAGCCAUGCUCAGUGCAGCACUUAAGCCCAAGAGGGGAGUAAUGAGACAUUUAGAGGACAACACUGCCGAAGAUUUGAGACACAUGUUCACACGUGGAACCCGUGCACGCACGCACACAUUUGAUCCACUUAUAGAAAAGCAAUUAGGAGAUAAGCAAUCAGGUGAAGUGAGAGAUGGAGCGAGAGAGGAAGAGAUUGAGAGAACGAGAGAGUGACAAAAGUAACAAAUGAGACGUAAUUGCUGUUGGGACGAUUUGCUUCCUCUCAGGAAGAGUGCAAGCGUGGAGAGGAUGUACAGCAAACAUCCUCCACGUGUCACUCCAGAGACUCAUAUUAGGCUGCAGGUAGAAAUAUGAAGUAACUGGAAUAAUGAACCCUGUGAUCUGUGCUCGGAUGUGUGUUGUGUGUCUGUCUGAAGUUAAUGGAUGAAAACAGAGAAAAAAAUAGAUGCUCAAAACAAGUAGAUGGCAUUUAAAGACAAAUGUAAAUGUCAUUAAGCUGCUGUAUGAGACAAACACACGCGCGCUCUAUCAAAUACUCCUCAAUCAUUCUGGUGACAACUAAGAGAGAGAACAACUCAUUCAUGCUUUCUUUAUACAUAUACCAUAUAUCUUCAAAAUGUUAUCCUUUAAUGAAUAAAAAACUAAUGUUAAGUAGGUUUUUUUGAAGCCCAUACCCACAUCCUGUACCUGUAAUGCCAAAUCAUGAUCCCAAGAUAUAUUUUAUUAAAUAAUCUAGAAUUUCUUAACAGGCAAAAACUGUAGAUAGUUUUUUCACAAUCAAUCUGUCAAAAGUAAAUUGUGCUAUUGUUCCAUUGCUCACUUUACAAGUGACAAGUAAGAGAACAAACAGUUUUGGUUCAUCCCUAAUAAAUCUUCAAACCUGUGUAAAGGGUUUUUCUAAACAUUGUAACAGGCAAAUUAAUAUUACUGGGUUAUGUCCAAUUCAACACUGACUUCACACUUUUUUUAAGAUUAUUACUUGGCCUUUAUUUACCAGAACAGCUCAAGAUCGACAGGAAAGCGGGGAGACGACAGCUACCGGGGCGCACCAAGUCUUUACACAUUUUGCAGAAAUCAAAUUUUGUUGUCAGAAAACUAUCUUUUCCAACCGGCAUACAGUUAAUUUCAAAUGUGUUUUGGGCACAGGAUCAGGAAAUAUAAACCUAUUGUAUCCAUAUUAAUUUAAGUUUAGUGAAUGUUUAAAUUACCUCUGCCUCACAGAAGGAGGAGUUCAAAAAACAAACAUGAAACUCAACAUUAAACUAGUGACUUGAUUCAACUGCGGAAAUGAAUCACGAUACGUUAAUCUGAUGUGUGACGAGGAAAGGCCAACCUGGACCUGUAAACUAUGCUUAACAUGGCUUGACGAAAAGUUCCAUAUUAAACUCAAACGCGUCAGUUUAUAUCUGAGGGAAAUGUAGAAAGGCUCUCAUUUAUAUACCGUCUACAAAGAGUUUCUGCCUCUAAGAUUACUGAGGCGAUUGAGUGCAUCCGUUAAAAUUGAUUUGGAGAAAUGUUAACUGUAUGCAAUAUUCAGGACGUAAUAAAACAAUAUCUGGGGGGAAAACGCACAACAGCCACAAACAAUCUUAAAAUUCAGGAUGCAUCAGCAUGUGUGUGUACAUGAGUGCGUAUGUGUGUGAGAUAGAAUGAGCUAGAUAAGAAGACCGAUAGAAAUUGAGACCGAUGAGAGCCGAAGUGUGUCCUCUCUGUGGAAUUACUUUCCGUUAAACAAUCUAAUCUGGAAGGAGUCACAGCCACACAGAUGAAGGCUUAGGUUUCCUGAGUUGAGCAUUUAAACAUCACACAUGACCCUUUCAGAGAUAGGAAAGGAGACAAGGCAGGAGGAAAGGAGGAGACAUUUUUUUUUAUGCCUAUGUCAAACACUGAGGUGGCUAACCUUUUGAUGGAAAAUAAUGAAAUUGUUAAAUCUGUCCAGUGAAAACCACGUACCACAUCUCUAAAUUGGAUUGUGCAUAGAUUUGACUUUUAAGGGUGUUUUAAACAAACCGAAGAAUAGAGUUUUCUUCUAUGGGUUGAAGGAAUUAUCCCACUUCUGACAAAUAAAACCCUUUGGAUUAAUAAAAAAAAUGUAUUGCCACCAUCAGGGCAACAUAUCAUUUGAAAAUGUUCAAUACUCGUACUGAUAUAAUAACCUUCGGUACCGAUACCAAAAGAAUGCUUACUACCUUACUAGGAAUUUAAAGAUAUUUUUCUACAAAAAGUUUAUUAUAGUCAAGAAAGACUAAAACCAACAACGUGCUACUCUGUCUCUCAAUACUUUGACUUCUCUGCCGUUUCUGGCUCUAAACCAAUUGCCUCCUACUGAAGAAAAUAAAUAAAUCACAAAAAUAUAGUAUAUAGGCAUACAUUUAGAUUUUUUAAGAAAAGCCUCAGUAAAUUCCGAAAACAGCUGGGCACUGUAGUUUUUAAUCAAACCUUACCUAAAUCGUGCAUUUGUUGGGUACUAUCUUCUGCUGCAGAGUAAAACCCAUUUGGGGCUCUAGUGAGUAUUAACCAUAGACUGUAUACUAUUACUGGACAGAGCAUGUGUGACGUCACCCAUUGGUUUUUUUUUUAGA